AGGCUCGUGUUGAUUGGCAUGAAUGAAGGUUCCCGGCGUUGAACGCGAGGGGAAAAAAACACGUGGCUUUUUCUUUUGUUUGUAUUUUUGGUCGGCGCCGCUCGUUGAUCAAGAGCAAUCCGGAUUCACAACAGCCCUAUAAGGUCUGGCCAAUCAUGGCAUCCUUGAAGGAAGGCAGCAGUCAGGAACAAUACUGCAAAGGCUGGGAGGAAGACAAGGAUUUGAAGAGCUGGCUUCAGCCUGUCCCUGGCGAUGAGGGCAAAGCAGCCUGCGGAUCCUGUGCAUGUGAGCUGCCUGCAGACCACGCCCACCUUCAGCAGCACAUGGCCACCGCUGAGCAUCAGACGUCUACCACUCCUGCCUGUUCCCAGCCCCUUGCUGAUGGGGGGCUCAUUGUUUCCAAGAGUUCUGGUCCUGCAGACGCCACAGAGGCAUUUUGCUCUUCACCUGAUUCGCUGAAAACGAAAGAGGAAGACAAGGCCAUGAUGGCUAAUGGCCUUGGUAAACCAGCGGGGGCUUUUCGAUUCAGUGCCGAACCCACCUUGGAAGACAUCCGAAGCCUGCAGUCUGCAUUCACACAGGAGCGUGGCUGGGGAAGGUACCACCAACCUCGUAAUCUGCUUCUGGCCCUAGUGGGGGAAGUUGGAGAGCUGGCGGAGCUGUUCCAAUGGCGGGAAGAAGCUCCCGAAGGCCUACCAGGGUGGACAGUGUCAGAGCGUGAAGCCCUCUCCGAUGAGCUCAGCGAUGUCCUUAUCUACCUCGUGGCCCUGGCAGACAAGUGCCACGUGGACCUUCCCGCUGCUGCCCUCAGGAAAAUUGACAAGAAUCGUCUCAAAUACCCAGCUGAGAAAGUCUAUGGGUCAUCCAAAAAGUACACAGAGUACCAGAACUGAGAGCCAAGACAGUCUCUUCCUGAGCAGAGAAGAGAGAAACUUUCUUGUGAAACCUCUAAAAAUAUUGGUUGUCAAGAUUUUGUUAUGAUUCAGGGCCUCGUCCAGACCUGGAUUUCAGAACAGACCAUUUUCACAUUUGUAGGUGGGGCUCAAAGUAUGAUUUGAAAGCAACCUCAGAUAUGCCUUGUGUUGACCUUUCCUACUGCUCUUAAAUCACUCACUCCUUGUUCUGUGAGGCAAAGUUGGAGAAACUGGUCCUCCAGAUGUUGUGUUGAUUUCAGUUCUCAUCGUCUUUGACUAUUGGCCAGGCAAAGUAGGCGAUGGGACUUGACAUCACAUGAGAUCUGGAAUACCAAAGCCAAUUGAAUUAAAUGUUUUGGUUGUGGCACCCCACCAAGAUGCUGCUUGCUUGACAGUAAUGUCAUGUUUUUAUAAUUUUCUUGAAGUUUCAUCAGUUACUCAGAACUACCCAUGGGAUAGCCUGACAAUGCUUAUUUGAACACCAUAGUAAUAUUUACUCUGAUGCUGCUACGCUGUUACUGCAUAGGACCCACUGAUAACACAAAGGGUAAAUAAUUAUCCUGCAUAGGUUGGGAGUAAGAAUGUGAAUCGGAAGAUUUUUGGGUGUGUUUGUAAGGAAAAUGGGUCCAGCAACAGAGGUGAAGGGAGACCUUUGGCAGAAAGUAUUGGGUGACUGAUAAGCUGUGAAAGAGAGAAUGUACUAAAAGCAAUUCAGGAUUCUUCCCGGAAGCCGGUCCUCCAUUUUCAUGAAAUAUAUUUUAUUUUUGUAGACCA